AAACAAAAACUCAAAUCCAAACCCUCCCCUAUUCCUCCACUCCUCUCCGUUGAGCUCUCUCUAAGUCUCUAGGGUUUUUCUUGCUCCAUCCCAUUCUGAUACUGUGAUACACACAUACACGUAUACUCAUAGAUAGACAUAUAUACAUAUAUAAAUAUAUACACAGUACUACUGCUAGGGUUUCGGGACGAAUCGAGCUUUCAGAAGCAGCAACCAACCAUGUCGCUGAGGCCGAGCGAGAGAACGGAGGUCCGCCGGAACCGGUACAAGGUGGCCGUGGACGCCGACGAGGGCCGCCGGCGACGCGAGGACAACAUGGUCGAGAUCCGCAAGAGCAAGCGCGAGGAGAGCCUUCAGAAGAAGCGCCGCGAGGGCCUCCAGUCACAGCAGUCCUUCUCUUCCUCUCUCCAAACCUCCACCGUAGAAAAGAAGUUGGAGAGUCUUCCGUCGAUGGUUGCUGGGGUUUGGUCCAACGAUAGUAAUUUGCAGCUUGAGGCUACUACGCAGUUUCGAAAGCUGCUUUCGAUUGAAAGAAGCCCCCCAAUUGAGGAAGUUAUUCAAUCUGGGGUUGUUCCUCGGUUUGUUGAGUUUCUUGUAAGGGAGGACUUUCCUCAACUUCAGUUUGAGGCUGCUUGGGCCCUUACAAACAUUGCGUCUGGAACUUCGGAGAACACAAAGGUGGUAAUCGACCAUGGAGCAGUACCAAUCUUUGUUAAGCUACUGGGUUCUCCUAGUGAUGAUGUUCGUGAGCAGGCUGUGUGGGCAUUGGGAAAUGUUGCUGGGGAUUCCCCUAGAUGCCGUGAUCUUGUCCUUAGCCAUGGAGCCUUGAUUCCAUUGCUGGGACAGUUGAAUGAGCAUGCAAAGCUUUCAAUGCUUAGGAAUGCCACAUGGACUCUAUCUAACUUCUGCAGAGGCAAGCCACAACCUCCCUUUGAUCAGGUGAGGCCAGCACUUCCUGCUCUUGAGCGUCUUGUCCAUUCCAAUGAUGAAGAAGUCCUGACAGAUGCCUGCUGGGCUCUCUCUUAUCUUUCUGAUGGUACAAAUGACAAAAUCCAAGCUGUGAUUGAGGCAGGUGUCUGUGCCCGACUUAUUCAGCUCCUCCUACAUCCAUCUCCUUCGGUGCUCAUCCCUGCCCUGCGCACAGUUGGAAAUAUUGUGACAGGAGAUGACAUUCAAACUCAGAGUAUAAUCAACCAUGGCUCACUGCCAUGCCUUCUGAGCCUGUUGACCCACAAUCAUAAAAAGAGCAUCAAGAAAGAAGCUUGCUGGACUAUCUCAAACAUUACAGCUGGAAACAGGGAGCAGAUACAGGCUGUUAUUGAGGCCGGUCUUAUUGGGCCCUUGGUCAAUCUGCUUCAAAAUGCUGAGUUUGAUAUAAAGAAAGAGGCAGCAUGGGCAAUAUCAAAUGCUACAUCGGGUGGUACUCAUGAACAAAUUAAGUACAUGGUGAGUCAGGGUUGUAUAAAACCAUUGUGUGAUCUUCUUGUAUGCCCUGAUGCAAGGAUUGUCACUGUCUGUUUAGAAGGGUUAGAAAACAUUCUGAGAGUUGGGGAAGCAGAGAAGAGUUUGGGUAAAACUGGAGAUGUCAAUUUAUACGCCCAGAUGAUAGAUGAUGCUGAGGGAUUAGAGAAGAUUGAAAAUCUACAGAGUCAUGACAACAAUGAGAUCUAUGAGAAAGCAGUCAAAAUUCUCGAAACGUAUUGGUUGGAGGAUGAUGAUGACACAUUACCUUCAGGUGAUGGCACCCAGCCUGGCUUUGGCUUUGGAGGGAAUGAGGUUCAAGUUCCAACUGGCGGUUUCAACUUUAGCUGAAGGGAUUAUGAUUGUGGAUGGAGCAGAAGUUCAUGCUGCGGAUGGCUAGGUAUAUGUUGGGUCAGGUCAGGGCACCUUUGCUGUGUCUCGUUUCAGUCUCAGUCCUGUGUCCGUUGUAGUCAAAGAAGUGCCAAGGUGGGUCAGUUUAUACUACCAUGUUCAAUAAGGAGGCAGGUUGGUUUAAUUGUGGCAUGAAGGCCUAGUCAGAUGGUCUUGGUGUUUUAACCCUGUACGGUACCACCGAAUGCUGUGGAAGGUGUCCCUAAGAAGUUCAUUGUUGCAUAAGCAGCGCCCCGAUGGAUGUGCUGGUGGGGUUUUUUCAAACGAGUAUUCAGUUGCAUUUUUUUUUUAUCGGAGUCAUGUAUUAGCAGUUUCUAUAUAUAGUCUGGAGUUGUUUUGUGUUUGUCGGUUGGAUAUAGUAUUCAUACACCUCAUUUUCUUGUGUCUGGAAGGAAGAGAAUCAAUGGUAUAUUGGAAUCUUAAUGUGUGACAA